AUGAGCUGGGACCAUCAAUGCUGGCCUUAUUACCCGAGACUACGAAAGCAGCGAGAUGCGGAAGGAAAACCAAAAGAAGGAUAUCCAGUAACGGUCGAACGAAUUGCAUCCCCGAAAUUGAUAGCGAAGGAAUUUGCUGAUGUAUGCACCGAAGCCAGAAAUCUUCGCUUUGACAAGAAAAAGAGACUUGCGUUCGAGAAGUUAGCGAGUGCCGCACAUUUGGAAGGGUUCGACCUUGCCGGUCAAAGGAAAACCGGUCUUUUACUGGUUGAGAACUGCACUGCUUGGCUGUACCUACAUCGACGAGAAGACGCUUACAAAACGUGUAAAUCAGCUGUUUCGCGUCUACUUCAACGGCUUCGCUCUAUAGAGAACGAAAUUGGCGAGGCGUCGCCAAGCUCCGUCUUCCUCCGGAAUGCCGAAGAUCUCAAGAAAGACGUGAAAACGGUGCUGAACUUAUUUUCGAUCGAGGAACGUCAACCAGAAUAA